AUGUCUAUGAAUCUAACAAGAGAUAAUAUUGACUUUGCUUUGAAUAUCAUGUAUGGUGGAAAUAACCAUGAUUUAGUUGACAGGAUGGAUGAAUUUUUUACAUUAGAGGUAUUAAUGACUAAUUUUUCCAUGAAUAAAGAUCUAUCUGGGCAAUACUAUCAAGCAGUUAUAUUGCCAAUGGUAAAAUGUUCUGAAAAUAGGUUUAGCCAGGACUAAACUAGCGAUUUAAGUAGGAAAUUACUUUCUAAAUUCGACUGUUUAUAUGAAAAUUUCUCAAUACCCAUGAUGGGUAGUCUUACUAAGUACUUUGAUGAAAAAGAUUUUUUGGGUGACCCUAUUAAAGAUAGUAUUAAGUUUUACAGGUAUUAGUUUAAUACAAAUGUGAUGCAAAAGCAAACGAUUAAGCUUCAUCAAAACUUUGCAUAUUUAAAAGACUCUCUGAUAAGCACAAGACUAGAUAACAAAAAUAUAUCUUACUAUGAUGUUUUCUUUGAAUAAUACAGCACUGGAAUGUAUAUGCCUGACUUUUUUAUCAAUUUGUAGAUGGUCAUAGAUGAUAAAAUUCUGUUGAUUGAAAGAACAUAACUAAAUAUUAUUGAUGCUCUUUCUAAAACUGGUGGCUAAAUUGGAUUAUUAUAUCCAAUUAUUAGGCUAUUCCUGUAUUACAUAUAAGAAGCCUAAUACAUCUCAUCAAUAAUGAAAAGGAUAUUUUACUUUGAAGAACAAAAAGAAGAUUUAAGAUUCUAAACAAUUAACAGAAGUAAAACUAAAGCCAAAAUUAGUUUAAAUGAAACAAAUAAGACUCUUACAAAAGAUGAAAAUAAAUAGUCCAUAGAUUAUAUCAAGAGUCUUAGACCAUUUGAAUUCAGAUUAAAGGACAAUUUUCUUUUGAUUUGCAGAAAAUAAUUCUGCUGUAAAAAAUACAGAAAACUCACUUAGAGAUAAAGACUAUUUAAAGAUGGUCUUUAAAAACUUUAAAAAGAGUUAGAAAUCACAAGAGUUCUGAGAGCACUUAAAACUACAGAUUUGCUGGCGAAGAUUAUUAUCUCAUGA